UCUAACGUUGCAUGUUAGCUAGCGAGCUCCAGCUAAAAGUGGGUAGAGUAUGUUGUUGCAGCCGAGUUGAAAGCCCGCUACGUUACACCUGAAAACGAAGAAAAACUGCGGCUAUCCAAUGUGUCACGCAAUGAAGAAUUCAGAGUUGACUCAUCCAUCAUGAGGUGAAGCGGUUCCUUAAUUGACCACCACUCAAGGAAACAAGACUCAGAUGUGCCAUGAGCCAGUCUCACACCCAAAGCAGAAGAAAAACUCGGCUCAUUGAAGACUUCUUUUCGGCUGUUUGUCCUCUGAUUGAGGAAGCUUUCAGUGACUCUCCUCCAAGACUCACAGAGCUCCACCACCCCCAUCACCACAGUGUGUCCACCCACACCCUUCCUUCAUCCAGCAGCAACUUCCUCAUCCUCUUACAGGACUGGCUGUACUGUCAGUAAGAUUCUUUCACAAAUGUCUACCACACGAUUAAAAGACCCCUCUCCAACACUGCGACCCUGAAAACGAUACAAAAUGACCUCGAGCAUUGACCGGGAUGACAGCAGUAUCUUUGAUGGGUUAAUGGAAGAAGAUGAAAAGGACAAAGCUAAACGUGUGUCCCGUAACAAGUCUGAGAAGAAACGCAGAGAUCAGUUCAAUGUCCUCAUCAAAGAGCUGGGCACCAUGUUGCCGGGCAACACCCGCAAGAUGGACAAGUCCACUAUUUUGCAAAAUAGCAUCGACUUUCUGCACAAACAUAAGGAGAUCGCAGCUCAGUCAGAGUCAACGGAGAUCCGACAGGACUGGAAGCCUCCUUUCCUCAGUAAUGAAGAGUUCACUCAGCUGAUGUUGGAGGCGUUGGAUGGAUUUUUUCUUGCAAUUAUGACUGAUGGAAAUAUCAUCUACGCCUCUGAGAGUGUGACGUCCCUACUUGAACAUUUGCCUUCGGAUCUUGUGGACCAGAACCUUCUGAACUUCCUGCCCAUGGGGGAGCAUUCAGACGUGUACAAGGCUCUGUCCUCUCAUAUCAUGGAGGGAGAGGCACUGACGCCUGAAUAUCUGAAAACAAACAAUCAGCUGGAGUUCUGUUGCCACAUGCUCCGAGGGACAAUCGACCCCAAAGAGCCCCCUGUGUACGAAUAUGUCAAGUUCAUCGGAAACUUCAAGUCCCUGAAUAAUGUGCCUAACUGUGACAGAAACGGUUUUGAAGGAGUGAUCCAGAGAUCGCUUCACUCUGCUUAUGAAGACGGAGUGUGUCUGAUAGCAACUGUGAGGCUGGCCAAACCACAGUUUAUCAAGGAGAUGUGCACUGUAGAGGAGCCAAAUGAGGAAUUCACCUCCAGACAUAGUUUGGAGUGGAAAUUUCUCUUCUUGGACCACAGAGCUCCACCCAUCAUAGGUUACCUCCCAUUUGAGGUGCUGGGUACAUCAGGAUAUGACUACUACCAUGUAGAUGACCUGGAGACACUGGCCAAAUGCCACGAACACUUAAUGCAAUAUGGCAAAGGAAAGUCCUGCUACUACAGAUUCCUCACCAAAGGGCAGCAGUGGAUUUGGCUUCAGACUCACUACUACAUCACCUACCACCAGUGGAACUCCAGACCAGAGUUUAUUGUCUGCACACACACUGUUGUAAGUUACGCUGAAGUAAGAGCAGAACAGCGCAGAGAGCUUGGAAUCGAAGAAAUACAACCUGAGAUCACAGCAGACAAGUCCCAGGACUCAGAGUCUGAGUCCCAGCUCAACACCACCAGCCUGAAGGAGGCUCUGGAUCGCUUCAACCACAGCCGGUCACCUUCGGCCUCGUCUCACAGCUCACACAAAUCCUCGCACACCGCUGUGUCUGACCCAGCCUCGUCGCAGGUGAAGCUUCAGGAGGACAGGAGUACACCAGGGCACCAGUCUGUCUGUGCUGUGGAGAUGACGUCAGUGCGAAGAUCAUCCAUCAGCAGUCAGCAGUCGAUGAGCUCCCAGACUACAGGGCAGAACAUGGCAACAUCCGUGGUUUCACAACAACAGCAACAACAGCAACAACAACAACAACCACAGCAACAGCCUCAACAGCAACAAGUUCAGAUCAGUGGGCAGCAGGCCAUGGUGCAGUUCUCCAGCCAGCUCGAGGUCAUGCAUAGCCUGAAGGGGCAGCUGGAGCAGAGGACCAGGCUGAUCGAGGCCAACAUUCAGCGGCAGCAGGACGAGCUGCGGCAGAUCCAGGACGAGCUGCAGAGAGUGCAGGGCCAGAGCCUGGAGAUGUUCUUGCCGAAAGGAGCCGGCGGACUGAGUCUCAGCUCUGUUCAGAUGGCCCAGGGGAGCGCUGUGCAGCAGGGCGGGACCCUCAGCAUGCAGGGCCAGGUGGUCUCUGCAGGACUUCUACAGAGCAGCAUUCAAACCCAACAUGCUGUCCAGCCCCAGCAACAAAUGCUGCUGCAGGAACAGAGCACAGCACUCUCACAGCCUCAACUAAAUCCACUGCCUGCACCUCUCUACAACACGAUGAUGAUCCCUCAGCAGAGCCCAGCCAACGUGCUCCAGAUUGCCACCAGCCUGGCUCAGAAUACUGGACACAACACUCCUGCUGUGGCCACAUUUGCACAGGACCGUUCAGCUCAAAUUAGGUUUCCUGCCAGUCCUCAGCUGCUCACCAAGCUAAUGGCAGGGCAGAUGGCAUGUGGGGCCGUCAUGGUCCCCACAACCAUGUUUAUGGGCCAAGUGGUGACUGCCUUCGCUCCUCAGCAGGGCCAGACCCAGACCAUCAGCAUUUCCCAGCAGCCACCACAGCAGCAUCAUCAGCAGCAGCAGCAGCAUCAUCAGCAGGAGCAGCAGGUACAGCAGCAGUCUCAGGUCACAGCCAUGCAGCUAGGGCAGGCUCCACUGCAGCAGACUCAGUUCCUUCAGGCUUCUCGGCUUCUUCAUGGAAACCAGUCCACCCAGUUGAUCCUGCAGGCGGCGUUCCCUCUGCAGCAGCAGGGUGCCUUCACUGCCACACCACAACAACAGCAGCAACAGUUACAACAACAACAGCAGUUACAACAACAACAACAGCAUCAUCAUCAACAGAAGCAGCUACAGCAGCAUAAACAGCUUCAUCAUCAUCAUCAUCAGCAGCUGGCCCCUCACCGGGCCGACAGUCUGUCUGACCGCUCCUCUUCGCAGCAACAGUAGCUGGGGGGAGCCAAUCAGAAGUGGACUGAGCCAAACCCAAGUGUGGGUGUCAUUGUGACGGGUGUCUUUGUGACAGGGGUCUAAAGAGAAGUCCUGCUAAGAGUGCAGCACUAAGACCACGCCUCAGGCUGAGAAGUGAUGGGAUGGGCAGCGGUGGCUCCCCCCCCUCACAGAGAUCUGUUGCUGUUUGCACUGAGCACUGAGAGCUGCAGAGAACCGGGUCUGGGACAAGGGCCUUUCUCAAAGAAAACAGGGAGCCACAGACCUUAUAAUGGACUCCCCCUCACACCCUCCCCUGGCCCUCUCCCUGUGUGUUCAGUGUGUGUGUGUGUGUUCCAGUCACCCUCACAGGAUUGAGUUAUGCAGAGCUCUCUGGUUAAUUGAGGUGAUGCAGAGAAUCUUCUGUCGAGCUUCAAGGACGUCCUUGUUUUGGAUGUUUUCUCUUUUUCUUGUUGAAUAUAAUUAUGUCAGAAAAUAUUUUUGAAGAUUUGGUGUACAUUGGACUUUAACUGUACAGGACACCAGGUGUAAUAUAUUAUGUAAAUAUAAUGAAAAAGAAGGAACUAAUAUUUUAUAUGAUGCAUGAAAUGAAACGUGUAGUUAUUUUGAAGCUUUGAAUAUGCUUUUAUUCUAGUGCUCUAAGAAAAAGAGAUCUUAAAGUGGCUGAUAUUCUCACAGACCCCCCUCUCCGGGGAGAUGUUUGUGUGUCAACAGUCAACACUGCCGAUGCUGCUUGUUGUGUCACAGUUUGUUUAAUCCUUGAACCGUAUUUUCACAGAUUUCAUAAAAUAAUAGAGGAUAUUUUAAGUAUUUUAAAAAGCUUUUUAAGAUGUGCUUCAAGUCUGCACACUAAAAAAUAAAUACAACUUAAAUAGUGUGAAUUGACUUAAACCUACCAAGGUUAAGCUAAAUGUUAGCAAACAAUAAUGCUGAACAACACAGCACUUUGGCUCGACCAAAAAUCGUUUAAAAAUGUGCUAUAUAAAUAAAACUUGAUUUGAUUUGAUAUUUUCUUAUUUAUUCAUGUUUAGCACUUCUGCUGAGAACCCUCCUUUUCAGAGUUAUAUGAUGUACGUAUAGAUUUAUUCAACAUCUAGAUAUUUACCCCUUCAAAUAUAUUUGAAAUGUGAAAGUCAGACCUGGUAACCUGAGGCUGACAUUCUCACACUAAGCUUGAGUGAAAUGAUUUGUGUUAGCAUGGCUCUGAUCAAACAGUGUUGUAAUUGGCAGUCUGAUCAUCCAUCCAGUCUUAAGCCCCUUAUCUGGUGUCAGCAGAGUGAGGAGAGCAGCCCAGACUCCCUCCUGCACCUUUUUCCGUGGAACAUCCAGUCGGUCCUGUGGGAACGGCAGGAAUCACAAACCCCUUAACUAGCUCUAGUGAGGCAGCAGCUCAAAGGUCCCCUCAUAUCUGUGAACUCCUCGCACUCUCAGGAAGAGAGAGAACCGUCACCCACCUCUUUUAGACUCAGUGUCUGCAGCCUGAGUGCUGUAGCUUCAAACCAGCUUUAAUUGGUUGGAAUUAAAUCUGCCUUGCUUUUAUGUUCCCAGUCAGGCUUUGAUUUGAGAAAGCAGAUUCAAUUCCAGCUAAUUCUCUACAUGUUGACUCACCCUAACCUAAAACCGCAAUCACUGUUUAAAUUGGCUACUUGGCUGCAGUGGAAGCCAGCUGUGAACCCAACACUGCCAUAUUAAGUUAAUACAGUGAACUUUUUUAGCAAACAGUUGCCUGUUUACGCAUCAAGCAUAAAAGGAGAAACUUUGUUUGGAGUUGUGUAGGUGGAUUUUUCUUUCCUACUUUAUUGUGUACCAUUUCAAAAUGCUGACCAGCAUGUAAGCAGGCCGGCCUGGCAGCCUCCUCACCAUCUGACUGAGUCCACCGUCAGAUGGCUGAGAGCAACUAAUGGUCGCUGGUCCGGUGAAAUAUAGAGUCGGCGUUGGACCUUUGGCCCAAGUUGAUACCAUGUGUGCUUACAUAGCAUGCAUAUAAUGAAGUUUGAAUUUGGUGUUCAUAAUGAUUACACCAUGGAAGAAGUCCAAUAACUUGAGUUCAUCAUGUAACAGCUGGGGUUUCGACUGCCCUGAAGUCCCGCUCAUUUAGUUUGAACAUGUAGAAAACAUAUUUUAACCUAAAUUAUGACCUUGCAAUUAUUAUGUUUUAGUUUGACUCCAAAUGUGUCAUCUGUUUCAAAUGUUAGCCAGUGGGUUUCAUGUUAUUAGAUUGUUGCUAUCUGUAAAUUGUGUAUUUAAAGUUUGAAUCACUCAUUUCCAAGUACAUUUGGCUUGCAUUAUUUAUGUAAUUGUUUUUUUUAAAGAUGCUUUCAUGUUUUUUGGUUAAAGUUGUUUCAUAUCUAGCUGUAUUUAAUGAUGCAGGCCCAUGUUUAGUGUGUAGCUGAUCUAGACUACAUUAUAGUCAUCGACAUGCUAUAUCGUGUCAAUAUUGCAUCCCCAUUCCAUACACUUACACACACUUUUUCAAAAUGUAUUUAAAAACUCUGUAUUAUACAAAAGAAUAUUGCUAUGGGGAAUUUGAGUUUGAGGGAGGAUAUGAUUGUUGUCCUCUGCUUAUGGCAGACGCAAACUUAUGAUCCAUCACAAGGCAACUAUUUAGGCGAGAGAACCAUGACAUUUAAAAAAACCUUAGCCAUGGAAAAAUGAAAGGCCCUCCUUUCAGAAACAAAGAAAUAAUUCAUAACCUUCCCCCCUUUUCUGAACCUACCUCCCACUAAUAACUCCCAAACAGUCCCUAACCUGCUUUCUCCACCGUGUUGUUUCUGUGCAUAUACAGUAGCUAGAGUAUAGGUCAACCUUUACACUCCUCUUUUUGAAAUCCAUUUGUGGUCCUGUAACUGUACACACCAAUAUAUAUAUAAAAAGACACACAACAGUUCUGAGGGAACCUCCAUGUGCAAACAGCCCUCUGGAGCGUGGUAUAGGUGGGGCACUACACCUACAAGAAUGUAAGUAUUUAGCAUGAGACGUGUGGCUGUGAGAGACUUUGCACAAUGUAUGAUAAGACAUGCAGUAAAAGAAGAGAUCCAAGUUAUUUUUCUAUUUCCGGGAUAAACCUCAUUGAGCUUGCAUAGACUCAUGACAUUAAAGAAGGUAACGGCACAGCUUUCAAAUGUGCGAGCAUGAAGGAUCUAAACGAACUGUGACAUUAACACAAAGACUGUUGAGCUCCUUUCCCCCCAGAAAGGGCUGGUUACUAGAGAGUUGAUGGUUAUGCAAAGACUUUGUUUCCAGCCUAUCAAGUUGAUUUCCUUGAUGCAGGGAAUGGUUGAAAUUGACCCAAGCUUUUUAAGAGAACACUAGUUAUUUUUAUUUGGUCAUUUCCAAGCUAGAAAACACAGGUGGGAAACAUGUUUUAUCUGAAGAGAGGGGAUCCCUAAAUGAAAUUGUGGUAAAUGUUGUUUGAAUGUCUAUAGGUGUCCCCCCUCCGUUCAUAUUUGUGUGGCGUUAUUGUCUGGCUCAUGAAAUGUACUGCUGCAGUAUACACGACUGUAAGACACAUCUAAAACACUGAAUAGUAGAUCAUCUAGGUCACACCUGAUGUCAGAGCAGGUGUUGGACUGCUUUCAGGUGUGACCUAAGAAUCAAAAUGCAGAAUUUCAGCCCUGCUAGAAUGGCUAGGUAGCAUUUGAAAUGUUUGGUCUUGCACCAUUUACUCUAUUUAAUGGAUGUACUGUUUGAAAACCAAACCUAUUUUUCCAUCAUUACAAGGAGAGACGUUCAGUAACCAUACCUAGUUAUACUAAACUGUUCAGUUAUAUGCUUAUGCUCAGAUGGAAUAUACACGUUGCACUUUUUACAUCCACUACUGCCACCUGCUGGUCACUUUUAUGCUCCAGUUUAAAGCUCUUCUACGGGAAAUGUACUCUCAGAAAGGAUCUGAAAUAUGACCACAUUUUCAAUUAACAUUCCUUCACGGCUUGUAAUUCAUGAAUUAUUGCUAACGUGUGCACCUUGCAUUUAUUUCACGAGCCAAACCAAUCAUAAAUGAAAAUAAAUGUGUAAGGCAAAAUUAUCUAUUGUUUGCUCCCCAUUCAAUUUGAGAAUAAAACUGUAAUGAAGUAUGUUGAUUUGUUUUUUACUUGUGUUUCUAGGUUUGUCCACUGAGCUCAAAACAAAACACACGACUGGGUAUGAAAUCAGACAACACAUGAAAUAUGUUUAUUGAGCAAUUUAGAUUUAUAGGCAUUACAACCAACCUGUAUCACAAACAGAAGUAUUUCACAGCUGGGCACAGCCUGUCAAAUAUUGACAAUGCAGCUUUAGCCUUUUUACCUUAAAAAAAUAUGUCCAUUCCUUGUUUAUGGUUACCUCUCCCACCCUUUCUGCUGCUA